AUGUCUGAGGACACAACCACCACCGCCGCCACACCAAACCCAUUCCCCUUCCUACGCCUCCCCCUAGAACUCCGCGAACAAAUCUACUCCAUCUACUUCACGCCCGCCGAUCACCUAGUCCGCAGCGAGGAACUAGAAGCGAAAGGCUUCUAUGGCGGCGUCUACCAAUGGGACUUCAACCUCUGGCUCGCGAACAAACAAAUCUACGCCGAAGCGAAGACAGUAUGGAGACGAGAAAACGUCUUUGUCAAGAUUGCUACUCCUUGGCCGAGCGCGGUUAACCACAUUUCCUCCGAGGGUCUUGUGCCGAUUGUUUGCACGGAUGCGCGCGCCGAUGCGUUUAACGAUUUCCAUGCUGUUGUGCAGAUUACCGCGCCGUUCCAUGGCGAAGUACCUGAGCAUAUGGUUGUGAUGCUGGUGGACGAUCUGCCCUUAUUCACGAAGACGUGGUAUUACAGCGCGUUGUCUUACCCUAUGCUCAACGAGCGGCUAUCUACCACGUUCGUUCUGCGGGAUCCGUAUGCCGAGAAUGGCGAGGCAGUCAUAGGGGAAGAACAGCAAGACCACAACAUCCCCCUCCCUCUCCAACGCAAGCUCCUCCUCCCAUUCGAACACGUCAAAGGUCUCAGCAGCACCCACAUCCACGGCUACGACCCCGUCGUCCGCGAAGAACUCGCCCGCCUCCAAGCCAUCCCCAUACCCACACUUCGCCAAUCCGUCGAAGACGCAACAGACCACAUGCUAGCCGGCGACGUCCUCCUCGCCUCCGCGACACCCUCACCCACCAACACCCUCACCGCCGACGAAAAGCACGCCGCCGCCCAACAAGCCCUCGACCUCUACAACAAAGCCUUCCACUCCAUCCACAUCCUCAUCUCCGGCCGCACCCGCCGCGUCCUCGCCGACGACUUCUUCCACGAAGCCAUAACCACGGGUCGUUACGCCGGCCAAACCGGCAUAACUAUCCGCGUCGUCCUGCGCCUCAAACUCGUUUCCCGUACCAUCGCCGCCUACAACGCCCUCGGCCAGUACGCCGAAGCCGCCUUUUGGGGUUUCCGCAGCAUAAAAAUCUUGCAAGAGAGUCUAAACCCCGAUUUCGAACACUUCUUGACGGAGUUUCUGGAGGGCAGCGAUGUAGGUUGGAUUUACGUGAGGGCUGGAUUGGCGUUUUGGCAGAUGGAGAGGGAUAGGGAAGCUUGGAUGGGCGAGUGGAUCGGGUAUGCGGAGGAGCCGUUGGCGGGGAGUGAGAGGUUGUGGCAAGAGGCGAGGCGGUAUGUUAAGAGUGCUGCGAGGGACGGGGUUAGGAAGGAGUUGCAGGGGUAUGGGGUGCCGGGGGUUUAUCUCAUGUUUGGCGACUUUAAGAGUAGAGAGGAGGCGGAAAGUAUGGUUGCGGAUGAUGGGAGUAGUACGAGUGAGGAGUGA